CCGUAUUCAUCUGAACUUCCUGCUGGGCCUGUUCGCCGCAGUUGCGCAUGUCUCCUUGCCGUUCCGUCGAAACCCGACAUCGAGAAGGUCCUGAGCUCGGUCGGUAUCGAGGCCGACUCAACCCGAGUCACCAAGGUGGUCAACGAGCUGAAGGGCAAGUCCGUCGUGAAACUGAUCGCUAGUAGCGAUUCGCUACCCCGCGAGAAGCUCUCCUGGAUGCCGUCCGGUGGUGCUGCCCUGGCCGCUGCCGCCAAGGAGAAGAAUAGAGCAAAAGAAGGAAAAGAGUUCGAAUCCGAGGAUGAUGACGACAUGGGAUUCGGUCUCUUUGAAUGAGGGAUUUCUUCGUGGCAACAUCGCCGGAUGGCUGCUGCCGGUUGCUUUGGCGUUUUAUCCACAAACAAAAAUUGUGCAUUUUUUGUAGUGCUUUUUUUAUUCAGCUGCAUGCAAUUGUUUGAUCUGAAACAUCAAAUAAAGAAUCUUCUGCUUGUGUUUAUGCUCCCCAAUUUUAAGAAACCUUUGAGUCUCGCUUAGAGUUCAAUUUUAUUCGAGUUUCAUUUUUCAACUAUUUUUAUUUUUUUAAUCUCAACAUCUCACGUUCCAUUUCGACUGUGACCGCCACUAGAGUCUCAAGAUAGCUAAGUUCAUUUCCGCUGGAACUGUCCGGGUCGUCAGCUGGCAGAGGGGCCAGCACUAGUUGAACGAUCUGUUGUGGCGCGUUUUUCUCGCAGCUCGGCCGUGAGGCUUCCCAGCCGUCAUAAGGUUCAGAAGUCCCGCGGACCGUCCCACGGAAACGGGACAAGUUUCAACCGAUAAGGUCGAUGAAGAUCAGGAUGGCGAUUGGUAACGUCGCGGAGGCGGUCUUUGCUCAUCGAAACAUGCGUGGAAUCGUUCUUCUGAUGUUGGUCGUUCACCUUGAAGAAGUCUGAAAUAGGAAUAAGGAGUUACCCCUGGAAUUAGGAAUCCUCCACUGAAAACUUACUCAAAUGUCCUGCAUGUUGUUGGCCUCAUCCACAGAAACGUCUUCUGAAUCGACCGCCGACCAGCGGGGGCGCCUUGGCUGAAGCUAUUUACCGAGCAGCUGGAGUGGUCCCAGGAAUCCCUUCUUCACCGUGUCCUCGGUCUCUUUUUCUUUUUGCGCGUUCUCCUGUAGGCACUUCUCUCUGACAACAAAAACAACAAAAACAAACGCUCGCAAUGUCAAACUGGUUCAAUGUGGUGUAAAAAGAGGUGGCGAUGUUUUGAUCGUAAACAACAAUUAAUUUUGCGUUAAUUCGUUAAUU